GACAUCGGCCUCGAGCGAGCGCAGGCCCUGAAGGAGAAAGAUACCCCACCUAUUGUUGCCUUCCAUCCCGGAGACAUCUCAGGAGGCGUAGUAGGCAUCCAGGCAUCCCCUCCUGUAGCAGCCUCCCCUCCCCCCGCCCCAGACCAGGCAGGGCAGCUCCUCUUCUCCUUCCGCAGAGCAGAACCGGAGGCGAAGAAGGAGGCAGAGUGCACGGGAAGGAUUAUCCUCGAGGCGUCGAAGACUUUAGUGCAAAGGAACAGGAUUCCUCCGUCCAAAGUGAGUCGCGUCCUAGCCCGACAGAGCGUAGGACUCCCGCCGGAGGAAUGUCAGCGCCGCGUGGAGAAGCUGGCAGGAUGCGACCUGGUUGAGCCCCCGACGCCGUCUUGCUCACCUGGCUUCCCCUACCGCUCCAUCGACGGGUCCUGCAACAACCUGGCCAACCCGAAGUGGGGGGCGGCCAUGAUCCCCUUCAGGAGGUUCCUCGACCCGGCCUACGAGGAUGGCGUCGAUGCUAUGCGUGGCAGUGACCGUUUGUUUGGCGCUAAGUUGCCGUCUCCUCGAGCUGUGAGUGCCAUGUUGCAGAAGAGCGAACAACGUCCUCAGCGCGGCCUCAUAACCCUCAUGGUCAUGCAGUGGGGUCAGUUCACCGAUCACGACAUCGUCCACACUCCUGAAGCUGCUCUGGUCGAGUCGGGAAAAGAUGGUGAAGCGACCAAGCCUGUUGAAUGCUGCGAGUCAGGUCGAGACAUUCCCUUUGCUGAUGGGGUGUCAGACUGUCAGCCCAUCGACGUCUCCGAGGAUCCUCUCUACAGCGAAUUCAACAGGGCAUGCAUGAAGUUUGUCCGGUCGCUCAUAGCCAAUCAAGGCUGCGUUCUUGGGCCUAGAGAGCAGCUCAACCAGAUCACGGCCUACCUCGACGGCUCAGCAGUCUACGGGUCCAGGGACGCCGUUGCCGAGGAGCUGCGAGCCCACUCCGGUGGCCGCCUCAACUGGACCAACAGCCCGGCUCCUGGACGCGGCCAUCUCAUGCCCUUCGUGGAGUGCGAGGGAGGAGAGGGCGGAGCCUCAGGAGGGCAUUGCUUCAAGGCAGGAGAUCUGCGCUCGAACGAACAACCUGCCCUUGCCUCCAUGCACACACUCUGGGUCCGAGAACACAAUGCGGUGGCGGCACAGCUGUCCUUGGUCAACCCCCAUUGGAAUGACGACACUCUCUAUGAGGAAGCAAGGCGUAUCGUUGUUGCCCUCAUCCAGCAAAUCACGUACCGAGAUUUCCUUCCCAUCGUCUUAGGGAACACAAUGAUGAAGAAGUUCGACCUUUACCCGUUAACCUCAGGGCUCAGAGACACCUACAACGCUUCUGAAGAUGCUUCUGUUUUAAAUGUCUUCGGAACAGCUGCUUACAGGUUCGGCCACACACUCGUCGACGACAUGUUGCAAGGCGAAGGGUCGGCCGUGCCCCUCGUCGGCAACUUCUUUAAUCCCGAGCCUCUCUUCCGGGGAGAAUCGAGGCCGUCGGCGCUGCUGGAAGGCCUGGCCACCAUGAACGCCCAACCAGCCGACGCAUACCUUGUUCCUUCGCUCACAAACAACCUCUUUAAGGGCCACAACGAUCCUGUUGGGAUGGACUUGAUGGCACUUAAUAUACAACGAGGACGUGACCACGGACUCCCUCCUUACACGGAAUGGCGAGAGGCCUGUGGACAUCCUCCUGUCAGCUCAUUCGCCGAUCUGGUUCCGCUGAUGUCCCCCUCUGUGGUCGAAGGCUUUGAGAAACUUUACCCGAACGUAGAUGAGAUCGACCUGUUCCCGGCGGGCUUAGGAGAAAAACCUGUACCCGACGGCCUACUCGGUCCUACCUUCACUUGCAUCAUCGCCCACCAGUUCGCCAGACUCAAGCGAGGAGACCGAUUCUGGUACGAGAACCGAAAUCAACCCAAACCUUUUACUGAAGAUCAACUGGAUUCCCUGAGGGAGAUCACCCUGUCUUCAGUCAUCUGCCAAAAUACAAUCCUCGAACACUUGCAGCCAAACUCCUUCUUCUCUGCCAACGCCCCCAGCAACCGGCCGCGUCCAUGCGCCUCCUACCCCGUCCUCAAAGCCGAGCUGUGGAGGGAAGGAGGAACCGGCUCGAGCUCGACUUCUUCUCCGACGACCUCUUCUGCAGGCAGUAGCACCCCCUUAAGGACGAGCCCCUCCUCGACGACCGCUUCUGGAGGUAGUACCACCCCCUUGAUGACGACUCCCUUUGCAACGACCUCCUCCUCCAAACCGACUCCUAGACCAGGUUCAGACACGAGAAACCACCUGAAUGAAAGUAAGGCAACAGUGUCUAACUAAAUCUUCCCCAACAGACGUUCAGGAUUCCGUUUAUACCAAACUCCACACAAGUGAGGAAUUCAGAGAGAUAAUUUCGUUAUUUUAUCCACUGUGACUAAGACAUUGUGAUGCUGUUGUACAACUGUAUAAAAUUCAGAGGCGUGUGCGAGGCUCUACUUCUGGAGGAAUGUGACGGGAAAAAAAGUAUGAUGGCUUUACAUUAUUUUUAUUUACCCUUAAUAACAAGUAUCGAUCACAAUAAUAAUUCAAAUCCAUGUAAUCAUCGCCGAGAUAAUGUUUUUCAAACGUUCAAAAUUGUUGAUCUUUGGUCAAAAGGACUUUGAUAUUCUCAGCACCUCUGACAUGAUGGUGGAAUACAUAUUAAGCAAUA